GGGACUAUUGUGCUUAUAAAAACCAAGGGGUCGAUAGGAAUCUUCACCAGUCAACUCAUCAACGACAAUGGCUUCCCUCAGAGUUCUCAUUUUCAUUUUUGCUGCCGUUUUGGCCGUCGUCUAUGCCGAAGAAAAGCCGCCAAGAGAUAAGAAAAGUGUUGGAUACGGUCUCGGAUACGGCGGCUAUGAACUGGGCUACGAUAGCUACGGUCUUGGACAGGGUGAUUAUGGUCUCGGCUAUAGUGGUUAUGGCCUAGGUUACGGAGGCUAUGGUCUCGGCUACGGCGGUUAUGCCGGAUACCAUGCAUACCCCCACGCCGGAUACGCUGGAUACGCCGGAUACGCCGGAUAUGCCGUUCACCCCUAUGCUGCAUUUUAUGGGUCAUACUACUGAACUAUUCUUUGCGUCUUGUCAAUUUUAAAACAAUAAAUAAGUAAUUUUAAUUUUGUAUUUAUUUCAA